GCCGGGUUUCUGUGUGUUCUGUGCGAAGGGUGGCAGAGGCUUUAGUGAGAGGUGUUGCAGGGUCAGUGAGGAGUCCGCAGGAGGUGAGGGUUACUAGCCAUUGUGGAAGUGAGGUCUUCAAAACAUCGGUGCCUCUUUGAUCUUUUGUGGGAUUUGUUUAGACCAAAAGAAAGAAACCAGAAAUUCUUGACGUAACCCCUGGUAACAGAAAUGUCAUAUCCGAAGACAACACUAACUCCAAAAGAAGUGGAGAAGUGCUACUACAAUGCGACAAUAGCCUUUUUCUAUAACAACAGUAAAAAAGAACUUGCAACUGCAUGGACACCAUACUCUAUACUGGUGGUGACCCUUGGACUGAUGGUUUCUGUGAUUGUGAUUGUUGCCAACGUACUAGUCCUCAUUGCCAUCUUCAAGAACCGUCGCUUUCAUUUUCCUAUCUACUACCUUUUAGGGAACCUGGCAGCUGCAGACAUAUUUGCCGGAAUCUCUUACAUGUACCUUAUGUUUCACACAGGGCCCCGAACAAACGAGCUGACAGUUCCCACUUGGCUUUUGCGCCAAGGUCUUAUUGAUACCAGUUUGACAGCAUCUGUGGCCAAUUUGCUGGCAAUUGCAGCCGAGAGGCACCAGACGAUUUUUACGAUGCAGCUGCACAGCAAGAUGAGCAACCGUCGCGUGUUCAUCCUGAUAACAUGCAUCUGGCUCUCAUCAAUUCUUAUGGGUUCUAUCCCCAGUAUGGGGUGGCACUGUAUAUGCAGCAUCAAAACAUGCUCCCGGAUGGCUCCCCUAUACAGUAGGAGUUACCUCAUUUCUUGGGCCGUACUGAACUUAACCAUAUUUCUGAUCAUGGUUAUCUUUUAUGGACGAAUUUUCAUUUAUGUGCAGAAGAAGACGACAAGGAUGUCUCAGCACACGACAUACCAGCCUAAGUACAAGGAUACUAUGGUUAACCUAAUGAAGACUGUUGUCAUCAUUCUAAGUGCUUUUGUGAUCUGUUGGACACCAGGCCUCAUUAUACUUCUGCUGGACGGAGUUGGCUGUAUAACCUGUAACGUGCUUGAUGUGGAGAAAUUCUUCUUACUGCUGGCUGAAAUAAAUUCAGUGGUCAAUCCUAUUGUGUACUCCUACCGGGAUACAGAGAUGAGAAACACAUUCCGACAGAUCAUCUGCUUCUGGGAGCAGACAUCCAAGUACGGCAAGUCAGUCAAGUCCAACACCACUGUUCACAGGAGAAUAUUGUCAGAAAAUGGUCAUGCUGCUGCAGACUCAACGCUGUAGUCUGAUAUCAAAUGUCCUGCUGCUUGCAGACUCGGUGCCUCAGACUCGAUGCUGUAGUCUGAUAUCAGAUGUCCUUCUGCCACAGACUCGACUCUGUAGUCUGAUGUCAGAUGUGACUUAUAAUCAGAGUACCAAACUGAAAACAUCAGCACAGAUUCGAGAGAGGCUAGCGAAGAAUAUGAUUCGCUUGGCUUUUAUGCUUCAUCUAAGGAAACCUGUAAAGUACUCUAAAGUUUUUGUUUUGCACAAAAUGUGGAUGUUUUCUUCAAAGUCUUAAUGUUGUCACAGCACUCCAGAGUGCAAAAUUGAAAAAUGAAAUCUGCUUGUAUUGUUUUGUGUUGUGCAGCCAUGUUGUGCACUGAUUACCCAGGUACACAAGAGCAAACCUACCAAAAGCUUUUAUGUGAACCCGAAGCUGUUGUGGGACUAGACAAAUCUAACAUAGUUACCAUACUAUGGCUAAGUUACAAAAGGUUUGCUCAGCUUGGCACAUGAGUUGAGUGCUACUGGAAUUUUCCUUGCAGUAUUAUUUUAGCUUGAAAUAUGAUGGUGUGGUACUAGACAGUAACAGCACUGUAUGCUUGCAAAGUUGAAAAAGAAGACCAAAAGCAAAUAUGAUGUGCAUUCAGACCACAGCUAUUUUACGGAUUUUAAACAUUUCAAGCACUUUUGAUGUAACACUAAGACAGUCGAUGUGGCCAUUUAGUUUUGGUUUUAUUCUGCUACAUUUAAUCACCAAAUGUAUAAAUAUGUAAAAAAUACUAUUUUUUUUAUAAAGCAUGGACUUUGUUUAGCUAUUACAUUUCAAAAUAUACUUUGCAUGUUCUUCACCUAUAUAAAAACUUUGUAUAUAGUGUGUACAAUUCAAUCAUUAUGAUCCUGUUCAUUCCAGAUUUGGAAUACAAUAUGCAUUCAACCACUA